UUUUUGCCCUUUCCUCAUCUUUUCUCCCAUUCUUGGGGGAAUACUGGAAACCCAACAAAAGGAAAAAAGUUUGCAUAUAUAAUCACAAUAUGACUAAUUCCAUAACACAAAUUUGAUCAGAAGGAAAAAAAACAUGGGCCGUGGAGUGAGCUAUGGCGGCGGUCGGAGUUCUUUGGGAUACUUGUUUGGUUCCGAGUCCGAGGGAGCUGGCCGGAGCAACAACUCUUCCUCUAGCUCCAAUAGUUCCCCACCACCACCACCUACUGCCAAAAAGGAGGAAACUACAAGAAGCCCAAUGGCUCGUCGGAAAGAAAGCAGUAGCAGCCCAAUCAAGUGGGAGGUCCAAGAAGCACCUUCGGCCCAACCUAGUCCAAAGUCUGAGGAAGCACGAAGCAACAACCCUUCCUCUAGCUCCAACAGUCCCUCACCACCACCACCUACUACCAAAAAGGAGGAAACUGCAAGAAGCCCAGUGGCUCGUCGGAAAGAAUUCAGUAGCAGCCCAAUCAAGUGGGACGUCGAAGAAGCACCUUCGGCCCAACCCGGUCACCUGAAAAACAACUACUAUAGGUCUGAAGGCCAGAAUUGUGGUAACUUCAUUACGGACCGACCGACGACCAAGGUUCAUGCAGCUCCAGGAGGAGGGUCCUCGUUAGGCUACCUAUUCGGCGAUCCUAACAAAAAAUGAUGUAUUCUCGUCCAAACAAAAUGAUUUGGUGGAUGUGCUUAUUGUAUUUUGAUUGUAUACUUUGUAAGUUGAUCUAAAAUACAAAAUUUAAUGGCAAAGGAUGGAAAAACAAUUGCUAAUGUCCAACAUUGACUUUGCAUUCUAUCUCAUUCAUUUAUUUUUUUCCAUUAUAUCUAUUUUUUAUAUGGUGAUCUACUUAGUUAGGAAAUGAAUUUGCUCGAUCAUUGAAUCAUUUAGUGCACUUUUGUACGACAUCUCUCUAAAACGGCUCUAAGGGUUAUCAUUCAUCGCAUCAAGUAAUGAAUUCUAAGGUUAUAGAUUAUAUAUUUUACCCAAUUGUACAUCAUUCACUCUCGCCCCUAUGAUGAUAUUAAGAAAUCGACAAC